UAAUGAGGCGUGCGCCGGCGGCCGAGCGCCUCUCAGAGCUGGGCUUUCCCUCUCGCUGCGGGCGCCAGGAGCCGCCUUUUCCGCUGGGUGUCACUUGGGGGUGGGAGAGAUGGCCCAUUCAAAAGCGCCGCGAGGGGGCCCGGCCAGUGCCCUUCAGUGAGCGCUCGAAAGAGGACGGCAGAGGCCCGGCGACUCGCAGCUCCGGGACCUUGUGGCGCAUCAGGACGCGGCUGCCCCUCUGUCGGGACCCCGAGCCGCCGCCGCCGCCGCUCUGCCCCCUGCGUUUCAGCCUCUUCUGCGCGCUUCGGCCGGGCGGCCGCGGCAGCCGCUGGGGCGAGGACGGCGCGCGACUGCUGCUGCUGCCCCCGGCCCGGGCGGCUGGGAACGGAGAGGCCGAGCCGAGCGGCGGCCCCCCUUAUGCCAGGAGGAUGCUGGAGAGCAGCGGCUGCAAGGCGGUGAAGGAGGGCGUGCUGGAGAAGCGCAGCGACGGCUUGCUGCAGCUGUGGAAGAAAAAGUGCUGCAUCCUUACUGAGGAGGGACUGCUGCUCAUCCCGCCCAAGCAGCUGCAACACCAGGCACAGCCCGGACAGGGGCAGGGGCCGGCCGAACCGUCCCAGCCCGGCGUUCCCUCUGUCGCCGGCCUCGAGCCGCCGGUCAAGCUCAAGGAAUUGCACUUUUCCAACAUGAAGACAGUGGACUGCGUGGAGCGCAAGGGGAAGUACAUGUACUUCACUGUGGUGAUGGCCGAGGGCAAGGAGAUCGACUUUCGGUGCCCGCAGGACCAGGGCUGGAACGCCGAGAUCACAUUGCAGAUGGUGCAGUACAAGAACCGCCAGGCUAUCCUGGCUGUCAAGUCCACGCGGCAGAAGCAGCAGCACCUGGUUCAGCAGCAGACUCCGCAACCACAGCUCCAGCCUCAACCCCAAACCCAGCCCCAAACCCAGCCCCAGCCCCAGCCCCAGCCCCAGCCCCAGCCCCAGCCCCAGCCCCAGCCCCAGCCCCAGCCCCAGCCCCAGCCGCUCCACCCGUAUCCGCAUUCUCACCCACAUCCGCACCCACACCCGCACCCGCACCCACAACUGCACCCGCACCCGCACCAACAACCGCACUCGCAAUCGCACGGCCACCGGCUUCUUCGCAGCACCUCCAACUCUGCCUGAAGGGGGCAGCACCCGGGCCAGACUAGGUUUUGAGGACUUGAGGAAGUGGGACGAGCACAUUUCUAUUGUCUUCACUUGAUCGAAAACAAAACAGUUCCCCCGCCCCCCACCAGAUCAAGUAGUUUGGACAUCACCCAACUGAUACCUUGUGAUCUCUUUGAUUUUCUGCACUCUUUUCAUCACGAUGCAGGAAACAAUUCUUUGUCAAGACUUUAUUUAUGAACCUUUGAAAGGAUCUUCUAGUAUGAUGGACCUUCUAGGAGGAAUGAUGUACUGUAAUUUUAUUUUAAUGUAUUUUGGUUUAUGAUUAUUUAUUAGUUUUUUUAAAAUGCUUGUUCUAAGACAUUUCUGAAUGUAGGCGAUUUCCCAAGAAAAAAACUUUGUGUUCAAAAGACCCAUUCCCUAUUAAGUGCUAAUCUUGGAAAAGGAAAGAAGCGGGGUGGAGGGGAAAACAUUAAGAAUCCAUUCAUUAUUCUUAGGGCAUUUUCAGAAGGUCUGAUGCUUUCAUUGUUAUGCCAGGUGGUUGAAAUUAAAUUCUGUGAUAUGACUUUUUUUGAGGUUUUUUUCUUUAGUCAUGUUUUAUGUAGACUACAAGUUUAAAGCUAAAGCUUCAGAACUGUAAUUAUGAAAAUCAGAUGAAAUUAUGAAAACCUAAUGCUCAAGAUCUUGCUUGUCUAAAAGGAUGUCAGUAGUAAUGGUAUCUGGUUUCAAAAUGCCAUUUUAAACAUAACCCAACUGAUGGCAGGCUGAUCAGAUCUUGAAUAUUAUGUGAUAGGGCUGGGUUUACUGUGAGAAAAAGCCUUGCUUAUAUCUUCUGUCUGUGAGGGGUUUAAUAAGAAGAGUCCUUGGACUGUGAUUUAUAAGUGUAAAUGCAUUUAGGUGUUUCAUUUUAAAAAAGUAGUUGGGGAAGAGAAUGGUCCAAGUUAUUCUAGAGAAUAUACGUUCCCCAUCCAGAUUAUAGAUCACUCUUCUCCAAGAGCAAGAGCUUCGCACACUGACAUGAACCAUAUUUUCUGAUUCUUUUACUUUGUUCUAGAAGCGCACUGAAGAAUUUCAUAGUUUAAAAUACAGUUUGUAAAUAUUUUGAAGGA